AUGUCAGGAAACAAGAGAGGUGCGGCCGGUGGGAGGGAUUUGUCAGAGUUCAACUAUGGUAACAUGAGUAGCCUGGUGGUGAAUCAGGAUCGAUCUGUACUUCGAUCUGACGAACCCACCGGUGUCGCCGAGUCACUCGUUGGACGAAUCAACCCCAAGGAGAUGGGAUCGAGGGUAGUGAGGGAAGCACCAAAAGACCUGGAGAAGAAAAAGGCCAAAUCGAAGUUGACAUCCGCAGAAGAAGUUGAAAAAUCCAUACGUCGUGCGCAGGAGAAAUCAACUGCUCGAUUUGGUGCGGCGGACGUACUGGAAAGUGUUGCUCAGAUGGAAGGAUUGAGGUAUAAACCUCGUACAGCUGAGACUCGAGAAGUAUAUGAGUUGUUGCUUGGUUUAAUACAUCAGAUUUUGGGUGAUCAAACUCAAGAAGUUGUUAGAUCAGCUGCGGAUACUGUAUUGGAGAAUCUCAAGGAUGAAGAUUUAAAAGAAUUCGAUAAGAAGAAAGAAGUCGAAUCUGUCUUGGGACAAUUAUCUGAGAGUACAUGGAGUCAGUUGGUGAAUCUUAGUAAGAAAGUAACGGAUUACGGUGAAGAGGAAGAAGGUGGGCAACAGACUGAUGAUAGACAACAAGCGGUCGACCAAGAAGGUGUAGCAGUUUUGUUCGAAGAUGACGAUGAAGAUGAUGAGGAUGAAGGAUUCGAAGUGAAAGGACGUGAUUCGGAAGACGAAGAUGAAGAGGACGAGGAAGAUGAAGAGGAGGGAUCAGAUGAAGAAGAAGGUGGUGAACCUAUGGAUGAAGAUGAUGCUCUGGUCUUAGGGAAAGAGACAAAAGCAGCUAAAUCGAAAUCGGAUAAAGUCUCACCUCAUGAAGUGGAUGCUUUCUGGCUUCAACGUCUCAUCUCAACCUCUUAUCCCGAUCCCGUCCAAUCAUCCGAUUUCACUUCGAAAGCUUUAGAAUACCUAGGAUCGGAAAUGGAACUUCGUGAUCUCGAAAACUCCCUCGCCGAAAUGUUCGGUUAUGAAAACUUCGAUUUGGUCGCUACCCUCACCAAGAACCGAGAAGUCAUCGUAUGGUGCACAAAACUUGCUAGAAGUAGUGAUGAUGAGAGACAUGACGUCGAAGUCGCCAUGCGUGAAAAAGGUGUCGGAUAUAUCUUGAGAGAAUUGAGAGGUGGAAAGAAAGCUGAAACAGCAACCGGAGUUUUAGAACAAGUUCCCAGUGUACCUACGAAAGCUACCCUCGCUCCCGGCUCUGUAGCUCAACCUCGACGUGUGAUCGAUAUCGACUCGCUCAUCUUCACGGAAGGUGCUCAUCUCAUGUCUAGGAAGAAGGUCAAGCUUCCCGAAGGAUCGUUCAAGAGGCAGAUGAAGGGAUAUGAGGAGAUUCACGUACCAGAACCCAAGAAGAGGGAGAUACAGGAAGGAGAAUUGGUUUCGAUCGAUAAAAUGCCUCAUUGGACUCACCCUGUAUGGGCCAGUGUGAACACCACUAGACUCAACACUAUUCAGAGUAAAGUAUUCCCUAUAGCUUUUGGUACCAAUGAACCGAUGUUGAUUUGUGCGCCCACUGGUGCUGGUAAGACCAACUGUGCUGCUCUCACUAUGCUACGAUGUAUUGAACAAUUCCGAGACCCCGAGACUGGUUACAUCGACCGAGAUUCGUUCAAGAUCAUCUACGUUUCCCCCAUGAAAGCCUUGGUGCAAGAGCAAGUUUCAGCGUUCAACAAACGAUUCUCAGCGCUUGAUAUUCGAGUGGCCGAGUUGACUGGUGAUAGUCAGUUGACCAAACAACAGAUUUCAGAAACCCAAAUCAUCGUCACCACUCCCGAGAAAUGGGAUGUCAUCACUCGUAAAUCGACUGAUACAUCUUAUACCAACCUGGUCCGACUGAUCAUCGUCGAUGAGAUCCAUUUACUACAUGAUGAUCGAGGACCAGUUCUCGAAUCGAUCUUAUCUCGUACGAUCAGGAAGAUGGAUCAGACGCAUGACGAUGUUCGAGUCGUUGGUCUAUCAGCCACUUUACCGAACUACAAAGAUGUUGCUGCCUUCCUUCGAGUCGAUCCCAAAAAAGGAUUAUUCUUCUUCGAUGCCGCCUACAGACCUGUAGGGUUGAAACAGCAAUUUAUCGGUGUGACGGAGAAGAAAGCCAUCAAGAGAUUUCAAGUGAUGAACGAAGUCUGUUACGAGAAAUGUCUCAACUACGCUGGUAAAUCCCAAACUUUAGUCUUCGUCCAUUCGAGAAAAGAAACUGCCAAAACUGCCAAGUUCCUCAAAGAAGCGGCCAUGGAGAAAGAAACUCUCACUCAAUUCAUCAAUCCCGAGGGAUCUUCCAGAGAAGUUUUAUUGGCUGAAGCUGCCCAGUGUAAGAAUCCCGAUCUGAAGGAAUUAUUACCUUUUGGAUUCGGUAUACAUCAUGCGGGUAUGUCAAGAGAAGAUAGAUUGGUGGUAGAGGAAUUAUUCGCUGCUGGACAUAUUCAAGUUCUGUGCUGUACCGCUACUUUAGCUUGGGGUGUCAACUUGCCUGCUCAUACGGUAAUCAUCAAGGGAACUCAGAUAUAUAAUCCAGAGAAGGGUAAAUGGUGUGAGCUGUCUCCUCAAGAUGUUCUACAAAUGCUCGGAAGAGCCGGUAGACCUCAGUUCGAUACUUUCGGUGAAGGUAUCAUCAUCACGAAUCACGGUGAAUUGCAAUAUUACACUAGUUUGAUGAAUCAGCAAUUACCGAUUGAAAGUCAGUUCGUAGCCAAGAUGGUUGAUAACCUCAAUGCGGAGAUUGUAUUGGGUACAGUCAGAAAUAGAGAUGAAGGUGUUCAGUGGCUGGGUUAUACUUACCUAUACGUCCGAAUGCUGGGUUCCCCCGCUCUUUACAAUGUCGGAGCAGACUACAUGGAAGGCGAUGCAGCGUUGGUACAGAAACGAGCCGAUUUGAUUCACUCUGCUGCUGUACUCCUCGAAAAGGGUGGUUUGAUCAAAUACGACAGAACCACUGGAGUCUUCCACAGCACAGAUCUUGGUCGAAUCGCCUCUCACUACUACGUCGCAUAUACAUCGAUGUCAGUGUACAACAAACACCUCAAACCUAAUCUCACGGCCAUCGACUUGUUCCGAGUGUUUGCCUUAUCCAACGAAUUCAAGCUCAUCCCUGUACGACAAGAAGAGAAACUUGAACUUGCCAAACUCAUCGAACGUGUCCCUAUCCCCGUCAAAGAAGGUGUCGAUGAACCAGUGGCCAAGAUCAACGUCCUCCUACAAGCUUACAUCUCUCAGCUCAAAUUGGGCGGAUUCGACAUCGUCACUGAUAUGGUGUUCAUCCAACAAUCUGCUGGACGUAUCAUUCGAGCAAUGUUCGAAAUUUGUCUUAAGAAAGGUUGGUCAGCACCUAUGCGAGCUGCUCUAGAUCUAUGUAAGAUGAUAGAAAGACGAAUGUGGAAAUCCAUGUCUCCCCUUCGACAAUUCCCUCGAAUUCGACAGGAGAUCAUCACCAAAGCUGAACGAAAGGAAUUCCCAUGGCACAGAUAUUUCGAUCUUGACGCUGCUGAAUUAGGUGAACUUUUAGGUUUACCUAAAUCAGGUCAAUUCAUCGAAUCUCUCGUCCACAAGUUCCCUCGGUUGGAUCUUCAAGCUCAUGUUUUACCUCUGACUCGAUCGCUGCUCAAGAUCAAUGUCACUAUCACACCUGAUUUCGUAUGGGAUCAUGAUAUCCAUGGAUCAACCCAGGCGUUCUGGAUCUUAGUUGAAGAUGUUGAUGGUGAACGGAUCUUGUUCCAUGAUCAAUUCGUUCUCAGAGAAAGAUUCGCUCAAGAUGAACAUUACGUUACGAUCACCGUACCGAUCUCUGAACCUGUCCCACCUAAUUAUUACCUCUCGGUCAUUUCUGAUAGAUGGCUUCAAUCGGAAACUCGACUUCCCAUCUCAUUCCAGCAUCUGAUUCGACCAGAACCUUUCCCAGCUCAUACCGCUCUUCUCGACCUCCAACCUCUUCCCGUCUCCGCAUUACACAACAAAGCCUUCGAAAGCUUAUACUCUUUCGAUCACUUCAACAAGAUCCAAACCCAGGUAUUCCAAGCUUUGUUCACCACUGAUGAUAACGUCUUCAUUGGUGCACCAACGGGGUCAGGUAAAACCAUCUGCGCGGAAUUCGCUUUACUACGAUUAUGGACUAAGCGUGAUUCACCUAGAGCAGUGUGUAUCGAGCCGUAUCAGGAGAUGGUGGAUAUGCGAGUUGCCGAAUGGUCCGAGAAGUUCUCAGCGUUGGAGAAGGAAGUCGUAGCCUUGACUGGAGAAUCCACCGCUGAUCUGGCUUUAUUGCGAAAGGCAGACAUAGUAGUCUGUACCCCAUCGCAAUGGGACUUGUUAUCACGACGAUGGAAGACCCGAAAGGAUGUGCAGAAUAUUGGAUUACUCAUUGCCGAUGAACUUCAAUUGAUCGGUGGUGACGUUGGAUCGACCUAUGAAGUAAUUGUAUCUCGAACUCGAUAUGUCUCCCAACAAACCGGCAUACCCACCCGAAUCGUCGCUUGCAGUGUUUCCCUAUCGAAUGCAAGGGAUCUGGGAGAUUGGAUCGGAGCUAAUUCCCAAACGAUAUUUAACUUUUCUCCUUCGGCCCGACCGUUACCUUUGGAAGUACAUAUCCAGUCAUUCAACGUACCUCAUUUCCCAUCAUUAAUGCUUGCCAUGGCCAAACCUGCUUACCUGGCCAUGGUCGAACACUCCAAGAACAAGCCUACGAUAUGCUUUGUCUCAUCCAGAAAACAAUGCAAAUUGACUGCGAACGAUAUCAUGACCUACUGUCUUGCCGACGAAGACGAAACUAGAUUCCUCAAUGUUGAACAGAGCGAUCUAGAGCCUCACUUGGAACGAUUAGAUGAUAAGGAUUUGGCGGAAACGCUGAAAUAUGGUAUAGGAUAUUAUCACGAGGCAUUGGGUAAGAUCGAUAAGAGGAUCGUCACGGCGUUGUUUGAGGAAGGUGCUAUCAAGGUUCUGGUCGCUUCGAAAGAUACCGCAUGGUCAUUACCAGUUACAUCCUAUAUGGUCAUCGUUAUGGGGGUUCAAUCGUUCGACGGACAAGAACAUCGAUAUGUCGAUUACGCCAUUGCCGAUGUUCUCCAAAUGCUCGGUCGAGCUUGUAGACCUUCCAUCGACAGUUCAUCAAAAUGUAUCUUGAUGAUGCAACAGACCCGAAAAGAUUUCUUCAAGAAAUUCCUCGAAGAGGCUCUACCCGUCGAAUCUUCCCUCCCCAGCUAUCUCCACGAUCACUUCAAUGCUGAGAUCGUCGCCAAGACAAUUGAGAAUAAGCAGGAUGCGGUUGAUUGGUGUACCUGGACUUGGUUCUAUAGGAGAUUGAUGCAGAAUCCUGGGUUCUACAAUCUCCAAGCUACAACGCCAACUCACGUUGCAGACUACUUGUCCGAAUUGGUGGAAACCACUCUCAACGACCUGGUCGCUUCCGACUGUAUCAUCAUCCAAGAUGAGAUGGACACCCUACCAAACAAUUUGGGUAUGAUCGCAUCGUUCUACUACAUCUCCUACGUCACUGUCGAAACCUUCUCCGCAUCCAUCAAGGAAACUACCAAACUCAAGGGAUUGUUGGAGAUCGUUUCUUCCGCUCAUGAAUUCGAGAGUAUCCCGAUUAGGCAUCAUGAAGAUGUCUUACUCCAGAGGAUAUACGAUAGGGUACCAGUCAAAGUCGCCAAGGCAGAUUACAACUCGCCAUACUUCAAGACAUACCUCUUACUUCAAGCUCAUUUCAGUCGAAUGACCUUACCACCUGAUCUGGUCAUUGAUCAAGCGACGAUCCUAGGUAAAAUCACUGGAUUGUUGAGUGCAUGUGUGGAUGUGAUGUCUUCGAAGAGUUACCUCAACUGCCUCGGAGCGAUGGACCUGUCCCAAAUGUGUGUUCAAGCUAUUUGGGAUAGGGAUUCACCUCUCAAACAAGUCCCAUACUUCGAUCAAGAUGUUUUGACAAGGUUCAAGCGAAAAGGUUUGGACUCGGUAUACGAUAUUAUGGAACUGGAGGAUGAUGAGAGGAAUGAUCUUUUGAGAAUGAACGAUAGGCAACUCGCAAGAGUAGCCAAAUUCGUCAACUCAUACCCUAACAUCGAAGUUUCAUACUCUGUUGAAGAUUCCGAUUCACUCACUUCCAGCGAUUCGAUCGUACUUAACGUGACGUUAGAUAGAGAGGCAGACGAAGAUGAAGAUGAAAGUGGACAAAUUGCCGAUGCGCCCUUGUUCCCACAUAAGAAGAUGGUCUCGUGGUGGAUCGUACUCGGUGAUGAUAAAACCAAGCAGCUCUAUGCGAUCAAGAAAGUGACAGUCAAGAGUAAACUCAAUACGAAAUUGGAGUUUACGCUGGGUCAGGGUGAAUGGGAUCUCAAAUUGUAUUUGAUCUGCGAUUCUUAUAGUGGCGCAGAUCAAGAUUUCGAUUUGGAAACGCUCAAAGUGGCGGAAGGUGAGGAUUCGUCAGAGGAGGAAGAUUCAGAUGAAGAGAUGGAUCAAGAUUAA